CCCACACACCCGCAUCGACUCUAUCUCUCGUCCUCCGCGUAUUGCCUCUUCACGCGUAUCGCCUCUUCACGCAUCACCUCCCACCUCCCACCUCCCACCGUGCCGUCCCGCGUCUCCGCGUAUUAUAUUAUAUCUAUUUAAUCGCCCUCGCUCGACGCCACUGCAACGAAUACAUCUUCACAGGUCACACUCUUGACCUCAUCGCUUCUUCCGCCUCGCUCCACAUCUGGGAGAGGCCGCGCGCCUUUCGACGGUGACGCCGGCACCAUGGUUUUCAUGAUUGGCGCUGCCCAGCGGCGCUUCCUCGUCUUCGCCUCGACCAUCUUCUUCGUCUCGAGCCUGUACAUUUGCAUCUCCCGCCUCAUGGCCCCGACCUUUGAGCCCGUUACUGUUCACCCCAAGCAACCUGAGAUCCACGUCGAAUUCUCCAAAGCCGACCUUCCCAUGUCUUACGGCAAUUUCGCCCGCCCGGGCUAUGAUGGCAUCAACCUGAUGGCUCAGUUCCCCGACGAGCUCAUCCCGACCAGAGAAAACGGCCGGAGGUUGAUAGUCGUCGGCGACAUCCAUGGCAUGCUGGACUCUCUCAACGAGCUUUUAAAGCGGACCAACUUCGACCCCACCCGCGACCACCUCAUCUCAGUCGGCGACACAGUCAACAAGGGUCCCAAAUCCGCCGAAGUCGUCCAGCGCCUGAUGGAACUCGGGGCGAGCGCCGUCCGUGGCAACCACGAAGACCGCGUGCUGGUGGCGUGGGCAGGUCUCACCGAACAACAGGGCGUCGAAGCAUACCUCGACUCGGAUUUCGCCGCCGCCCAACGCGGCGAGUCCCUGGAUCUUCAGACGGCACGCAGCCUCAGCGAGACGCAGAUCCAAUGGCUAAAGAACCUCCCUGUCAUCCUGACCAUCGAGCCAAUGUCCCUGUACAUUGUGCACGCCGGUCUCGUCCCUGGCGUCCCCCUCCCAAACCAAGAUCCUUGGGCCGUCAUGAAUAUGAGAUCCAUGCGCUUCCCUCGUGCAGAGUUCCGCGAGGAGGAGGAGACUAAGAGGCGGAAGGCGGAAGAGAAGAAGAAGAAGGAAGAAGAAAAGAAGAAGAAGGAGGAGGAAGAAAAGAAGAAGAAGCAGGAGGAGGAAGACAGCAAGAAGUUCCAGCAACGGAGUGUCAUCAAGCGCAGCGAGGAGAAGAGCAGUAAGGACUCUGCAGACUUUGACCGCAACGCCGAAGCUGGUUUCCUGGCUGCUGCUGCUAACUCGGCCGAGGCAGCCCAGUCCUCCCCCUCCGCUACGAAAGCCAAGGUCACCAAGUCGACCUCUGCUUCGACCUCUACCUUCACGAUAAAGGCCCAGAGCACAGCUGGAACUCUUGCCGCCACCGACGCUCAUACUGACGCUCACGCCGACUCCCAUGCAGACUCGCCUGCCGACUCCCAUGCUGACUCUCGUGCCGACUCCCAUAUUGAAUCCCAUACCGACUCCCAUAUCGGAAUAUCAGGAUCUGCGGCCCCCGAGUCCUCUCUAGAGUUGGACUUGCUAUCCCAACCGGACCACGACAUCUGGAUUCCUGUUGAUAGCCGUUCUGGUGAGCCCUGGGCCAACAUCUGGAACCAUGUCCAGAAGAAAAUCCCCAGUUCUCAACGCCGGUCCAUCAUCUACGGCCAUGACGCUAAGCGCGGCUUCCGCGAGGAUUCGUACACGUUUGGACUCGACUCGGGCUGCGUGAAGGGCAAUGCCAUGACGGCACUCAUCAUUGAAGCGGAAUCGGGCGGCUGGAACCAGACUACGGUCCAGGUCAACUGCAAAGAGCCUAAGAGGACUAACACCAAUUGGUGGCAAUGAUGUUAGAAUAGAUGAUACAGCAGCAUCACGUGUACUUGUCAAGACGUAAUGAGGUGGAGAGUUGGUUGAAAGGGAGACAAUCGUCUUCCUUCUGCGGCAAAGGGCGCAAAUACUGGCGUUUGGUUUACUAUGGGUUUUGGUUGAUGAAAAUGGGAAAUUCAUGGAGCAUGUUGACUUUAAGUUCUGCAUGAUGCAUAAUCUGACCUUAUAUCAAUAUAAUGGUCUGCCUUACACAAGGGCUGGCUCCGUCUUGUACAAGCAUUGAAUAACCAACUCAAAUGGUGCAGACGAGAUGGCUUAUCGCAGGUCACAAUGAUUCAAUAUGGACUUUCUUCUGGUCUCUUUUGCAGCUUAAUUCCCUUUCGUCGCGCUAAUCUACAGCCUGGUAGCCUUCCAACGCAGCGACCCUGUAUCAUGCAUCAAUUGUAGGGUCGCAAUUUUCUACAAUCUUCAACAACACUUGAAUCACAAUAAUUG